UGAGGUUAUACAAAUAACAUGUUGAGUCCCGGAAGAACAAUAUCGAACAAAUUCCUUGUCGCUGUUAACAUUGUUUGAACAAUCAUAAUUUAAAUUGUGGAAAUAAGUACUUGAUUUUCAAAAAACAUUGGUGUUGAUGAUAUGAUCGUGAUAAGAAAUGAAAUCAGUACUUGUUCUAAGUAUAACUCAGAUUCUUUUAGUGGAUAUGUUGCAGUCAUUAGCAAUCAUGCAUGUUUGUCCAGAAAGAGCUCUAUGGAGAAGGAGGGCAGAAGUGUUUUGUGCAAAUAAAACGCAAUAUCAUUGUUUAUUCGAUACAUUUCACAGACAAUAUAGUGAAUACUGUUUAUCUUCAAAACCAUACAAAUCAGGUUUACGCAUAGUUUACAGCGGAAAUUUGCAUGCCGAAGACUGUCAGAAUCCUCGAUAUUCACCUAGCCCAGUUUUGUCUAACGAUAGCGCUGAAUGUAAUUUGCUAAAGUCUAAUUGUAAAGAAGAAGGCCAAGUUAUUGCUGAUAAUGCAACAUCAAAUACAGACAGAACAUGUCGCUGUGAUUAUACCAAAGGAUACAACUAUAUAAUAAAACCAAUAGAUCCUUGUAAAUGUUCGCCUGUGAAAGAGGAUUGUUCAUGUUAUUCCAACACCUGUCCAGUAGGUUAUACACUUAACCAAGAUUAUCAUUGUGUAAACAGAACUUUGAAGACAUUUAACUGUCCACUUUUAGAAAAGUCAAGGUAUGGUGUAUUAUCAUCUAGUAACUCUUCUCCAGAAGAAUUCGAUUUGAAUGAAACCGGACCUUUGAUGAACCGACAUACACAUUUGACGUACUAUAUUCCUUUAUGUCUGAUGCUGUCAGUUACAGUUACAAUUUUUGUAUUUGCGUUAUGGUGUAGAAACAGAAUGGAAUAUUCAGCAUGUUUCCGUAUUGAUAUGAAAAAAAGAACACUUUCAAAGCAGAGGGAAAACAGGGACAAGCUUAAAACAAUGACAGAUAUAUUUCGCCAAAUAACAGAUAUGCAGUGUAUGCAAAACUAUCAGCCGACAAAACAAAUAAAUGACAUGGAAACUGAACUUAAAGGCAGAAGUCAGAGUACUUUGCUUAUUCUUGAAGGUUUCUCGGGUUCAGGCAAGACACAAGCAGUAUAUUAUUUUUGUUCUAAGAUGAGAUACAGCUAUUCAGUGAUCGCCAAAAUUAAUGCAAGAGAUAACAAAUCAUUCAUAGAUUCACUAAAAAAUCUUGCAACCAACUUAAGAUUAAGUAUUCAAAAUCAGGAUGAAAACUUUUGUGAACUACUGUGCACUCACAUUGGAAACUUCUUAAACCACGAUCGCCGUCGUGGGUGUUCGUAUUUGUUUUUUAUUGACAACGUGAUGGAAAUAAAUGAUCAUGAUCCGCUUUCCCAUGUUUUCUCCCUGAAAGAUAAGGUUAAAGGACUCCAUAUCAUUGUUGCAACAGUAAAUUCAAAGAUACACACGCAUUUUAAAACGGCACCAGUAGUUACGUUCAAUGGAAUGGAGACUAACGAAAUUUUAGAUCUGUUUAAAAAUAACCAAUCAGUUGAAGUAUCAAACAGCGAAAUCAAAGAUUUAAUUAGGGUUAUUGGCAAUAUUCCUCUGGUCGUUGAUAGUGCAAAACAGUACAUAUUAAGACGAGAGCAUACGAUCAAGAAUUAUAUAGAGAUAUUUAAAGAUUUAACGGGAAUACAUGCCAAAGAAAAGUUUAUAGCACAUGAAAUGAAUAAUCGCAAAAGUAUUAUAAAGUCUCAACUGCUACCUUUAAAACACAUUGAGGAGCAUUUGCACGAACUAAAACAAGGUGAUCUAUGGGAUAUAGUGGGAUAUCUACCAUAUUUGCAAUACAGCUCCGUAUCAAAGGAAGUAUUGGAAGCUUGUUAUUAUCAUUCAUGUCCCACAAAAGACAAUGAGUCUUUAGGAAAAGUGAAAAUAGAUAUACUAAUGGACCAAUUUGCAAACUUUUCAGUUUGUCAUUCCGAAAAGAAACCAGUACGACGAAUGAUUGAUAUUGAUGAAAAGUUUGCCGAAAGUAGUUUUUCUUACGAUAUUCUAACAUUUCAUGAAUUGACGAUGUGCGUUUUAAAUUUAAUUGAUAAUGAAAAAGAAGCAGAUGAAAAAUCGACGAGAAGGAAAAGACAAUUAAGGAUUUACUUUCUUUUGAAAAUGUUUUGCUUUGAAAUAGACAUAGAUGCAAGAACAGAUGUUACACUUGAUAGAAAUAUUCAGUUUCUACCACAUGCAGAAAAACUACUGAAUGAACUUGAGUUGCCUGAUGAAAAUAAAGAUUCACCGGAAGUCAAGUUCUACCUUUCAUAUCUUCACUGUGCAAUAGGGUCAACUCUAUUAUAUCAGAGGAAUGAUGUGGAAUCUGCUCAUAAAUAUUUAUUAAAAUCAAGAAGCUUAUGUCUUGAACUUGUAAUGAACAAAACAGAUUUUCUUGUGCAUGAACCACCUACCGAGAAUGAUAUACAACAAGUUUUAGAUACAGCAUUUUUACUAAAAUUCAAUCAGAAUUUUGUUUUGGAGUUUGUCAAAAGCAAAAGAAGAAGUGAGAGUGAAAAAGAUGUUAUCUGUGAUGAAUUAGAUGACAUGAAGCUUUUCAAAAAAGAGGCGGAAAAAACCAAGGAAGAAUUCAAAUACCACUAUUUGAAUAUUGAUGGUCUUUAUGAAAAGUUAUUAAAAAAAAAACUUGCACUUUCGGUAAAAGAUAUCUCUGAAACGUUUGUUUAUGAACUCGUCCAACGCAUUUUACAUAACAAUAGUAGAGCAUGGAAUGAACUACGAUAUAUAACAACAGAUGAAGCUACAGAAACGCUAAGGAAAGCAUCUCACUCUGAGGUGGUAUUUUCAAACAGUCUUUGUAGAUUAAUGAAAAAGAAAUAUAAAUUCAAAAACGUUUUUGUAUGCUUAGAGAGUGACAGGAGUGGCAGGAUGUUGGAACGCUGGACCCAGGAUACCAAUCCAUCAUACGAGGUUGAUGACGAUAUUGCUUUCUAUGAAGCUAUGAUACAGAAGAAAUCAAAUAAUUACUUUGACUUUGGAAUACUCAAACUAUCUCCAAGGGUAAAUGAUCGACACAUCGCUAUGUGCAAGAGAAUCUUAUUGUGGUUUUUAGAACUAAGAUUUACAAAUCAGGAAAAAGCUAAUGCAGGAACUACAUUUGAAUAUGGUAAGACGUUUGUGGAAGAACUGCAAGCUCAAAUAAAUCAAAUGCAAACUCAAAAAUACACAUGGCUUACAUUGCCAUUACUUCACAUCCAAUGUGCGAAGUUUCUACGGCUAUGUUCAUUUCCUUGUGAUCUUAUUAAAGCAGAGCAUUUGUUUUAUAAAGCAGUUCUCCUAGAAGAGAGUAGAGGGGUAGCAUGGAGUCGAUUCAUGUGGGAAGGAUAUGUUGGUGCGCUUGACUGUACUAAAAAAUCUAAUAAUCAACUCGAAGAAAAUAAACUCAUUGAAGAAGUAAAACAAAAGCUGACAGGCACAAAUCGGAAAGACUUAAUAGAAAAACUUACAGAGACAAGGAUGUUCUGAGCUAAAACACAACGUACAGGCUAUUUCUCGAAUCGUGUCUUUCACCGGGAAAAGAUCUUCAAUUACGCACUCCCUUUAUGACAUUAUUUACCAGAUAGAACGCGGGCCUGUCUCCCUGCACCUAUUAAAUUUUCAAGCAUUUUCAGAAUCGUCAUUCUGCAGUAUAGUCUAGAAUUAAUUUAUGUUCCGUAGGUACGUAAACUCUAUGUCCUGUACGACUAAAAGGAUGGUGACGAACUUGUAAUAUUUUUAUUUCUCGAUUAUUUCGUGCAGUAUAGCAUCAAACGUUUUCACCCAUUCGGUCAACAUGUGUUGAAAGUGACGAUGCCUACAUUUUUGUCACAUGGUGAUGAAAGUCCAAUGACAGAUAUAACUUACUACCGUAUCUCGGAACUGGUGUAUUGGUUGUUCUUUCUGGUUACUGUGUACGAUUGACAAUGUGUAUAUAAGUCUGACAAUUACACAAAAUAUAAAUAUAUAACUUCAAUAGUCGUAGUGUUACCUUGUCACGGAAGGCGAAUCUAGAGAUAGACAUAAGACAUGUGUUUUAAGCGUGUGAAGAUGUUAUAUUAUUAUUUUAUACACGAUGUUUUUUUUUGUCAGCAAUCUAAUACAUUUAUAAUAGCGAUGUUAACCUGUCAAAUGUUUUCCCCGUAAUUAAAAUAUAGUAAAACGU